AAUGGCCGCAACCAUAGAGCUCUUCUCACGGAUCUGCUCUAUUUCCCCCUAAUAACUGUUCAUUUCAGAGAAUAUAAGACUGAAAUAUCAAGGAAAAUGAGUUACAGCCAUCCUCUUCCUAAUGUGGAAGAAAUGGCCUUCCUCAAGGUAGACAACCUGGCAAACUUCACUUCAUCCAGCACGCUGAAGCGUGUGUUUGAGGAUUACGGGCCCGUUGGUGAUGUGUACAUCUCCGAAAAUCACUUAACCGAAGAGCCUUACAGAGUGGCCUUCAUCCAUUUCUACAACAAACGUGAUGCUGAGACCGCAAUGGUUGCCUUAAAUGGGAUUUUAUUGGAUGGUUAUAAAUUACGAGUGCAGAUGGUGCACAAUGAUGUUCCACAGAAUGCUCAGCCUAGCUGUGGCCAGGGAGAGCAAUACCAUUUUAAAGAAGACAACCAUGAAUACCAGAGUAACGACAAAAGACACUGUUGUUCCUCCACCAGUCACCGAUCCAGAUCUCACAGCAGAUCUUCUUCAGAUCGUUCAGAAUCGCAGCCUCAAUCUCAUUGCUCACACAGAAGAUUAUCAUCAUCAACAAAAAGAUCCAAGUCCAAGUCAUCGAUGUCCGAUCAUCAGCUGCCGGAGAAGUCCUGUCCAAGGUCUAGACACCGUCCACGAGAAAAAAAGAAAUCGAAAUCUAGAUCUUCACGCACACAUGCCUUCGAGUGUCCCGAAGGAGGAGGAGAAAAUAUGGAAAACAAGCAGUUGCAAACAGAAAAUUCAGACUCUGAUGUAAUAUUUGUAAGAGCGUAUCAAUUAGAAGGAAAUAGAUCUGAAAGUCUGACUACAUGUCCACCUAUCACAAGUCAAAACAGAAUUAAUAACGUUGAUUUUACAAAAAAAGAAGCAUGUGAUGGAGGUGAAGGUGACCCUUUGCAUAAUAUACUUAGCUGUGAUAUUGCUAGUUACCAGUCAACUGCUUUUCAACAAUGUGUUGUUAUGGAAGAAGAAAAAAGAGAAUGCCAAUCUUGGAUGGGAACAUCUCCGAGCGAGUCACAAGUUCAUACUUUCAUGGAAGGAGAUAGUGUUAAUGAUAAUUAUGAGAAUCCGGAUCUAAAAUAUGACCAUUUGUAUUUUGCAAGACUUCUUGGAGAAGAAAAUAUGCAGAACAAUGAGAGGCUAGUGGAGAGUGAACAAUCAAAGUCUAUGUUUAACAGUCUUAGUAGAUCAGAAGCAAAUGCAACUGACACAUUGAUAGCAGCUCCGUCUACCCGAAGUCGGACAAGAAAAGGACGCAGGAGCCAACAAAAUUGGAGAGAAAGACCACGGAUGGAAAGUGAAGCAAAUUCAUUGGAUGUUGUACCUCAAGGUAAUUCUGAACGAGACCAUGUUCCCUCCAUUCAACAACCUGAAAAUAGGAGAAAAAGAGAACAUAUGAAAAAUAACCAGAAGCAAAUGGAAUAUCUACAAUCUGAACCAACGUCUAAAAAACGAGGUGUAUCAAAAGAACACAAAUGUGAAGUAUUGAUGUUAUAUAAUAGUUCCCAGAAAAGAACAAGAAGGAGGGGCCCAGGACUUCCAAAAGCCAACAACUGGAUGAGAUGUGAAGCAAAUUCAUUGGAUGUUGUACCUCAAGGUAAUUCUGAACGAGACCAUGUUCCCUCCAUUCAACAACCUGAAAAUAGGAGAAAAAGAUUUAGCUGUCAUGGCAGUAAUAGAAAUGGCCAGAAGCAAUUGCGUCGUCAACAACCUGAGUCUACAUGUGUAAUUCCCUUUACACCAGAAGAAGAUACCACUGAAAUUUUAAUGGAAGACCCAUUUACUAGAGAUAGACAAAAUACAAGAAGCGAAAGUCCGGAAGUUCUGAUAGUUGGAGAAAUGACUGAAAGUAGACCACCUCAACCUAUUCACCAGGUGGCUUUAGUAAAAGGUCAUCAUUGUGUAUCACCUGAAACUUUUCCACAUCUUAACAUGCAUGAACCUUUGUCUAAUGGUAGGCCAGCUUUUCCACUGAACAUAUCUGAGUUGCAAAGAAGGCGUUCUUUCACAUCUUCUCCAACAAGAAGAUGCACUGCACACAGAGAUCAGUCUACAUCUGUAACACCAGCUAACUUUAUCAAUGUGGAAAUUAAUAGAAACGAACACACAAACAUAUUUUCACAUUCUAAUGAGGGAGGUAUGCAGAAUUCUGAAAUAAUUUCUGUUGCUCAAACUUCCAAUACUGGUUUAGAAUUUCCUUUAGCUACAGUUCCUUAUGGAACAUCAGGGCAAAUGCUGACACAAAUUGUUGAGGUAGAACAUGAUAAUUGCCCUGAGAGCGUUUUAGAGGCCCAUGACUCAUCUUCAAGUCAAAAUAAUACAAGAGUUCAUUCUGGUGAAAGUAGUAUUUCUAGUUUUGUUUCUAGUUCUUUUUCACAUUCUACCAACAAUUCUACAAUUUCUUCAUUACAUUCAUUGUCAACACCCCGCCGACCAAUUUUGCAAAUCCCUAUUGUUUUGCAGACCACUAUUGUAAGGGAUAGAAAUUUACCAGCUACUUUUGAAAUUAAUGAAAGCUAUAAUGAACCAAUUUUAUCUUCUCAUACACCCUCUGAGGCCAGGCGAGCAAGACGUUUUGCAGGCCGAGAAGAAUCUGAUGAUAGUGAUUCUUGGCCAUUUUUGCCUAAUUUUGCCAACUUCAAUGAUAUUCAUAAUAAUCACCCUAAAGGACUUACCAAGGAACAGAUUAAUAGUUUACCAAUAAGAUCUUUUUGUGAAAAUGAUAGAUUAAAUAUCUGCACUAUUUGUAUUACAGAAUACACAGAAAGCAGUAGAAUUCGCAUUCUGCCUUGCUCUCAUGAAUAUCAUGAUGAAUGCAUUGAUAAUUGGCUACCCGAAAAAUCUAACUGUCCUAUUUGUCGUAGACAAGUAAUCAAUCCUCCUGAUGAUACAGAAAUUCCAUUUUGAGUU